GCUGCUCUUUCUCUCUCUCUCUCGCGACCCAUCCUUCACACCCACAAAACCCUCGAAAAGCAAAGGCGGCGGCGAGACAUGGCGGAGGUCGAAGCUGUUGUUCCUGUGGCGGUGGCGGCGGCGGAGACCCCUGAGGUCGCGGCCGAGAGCGACGCGGGUGCGGCGGAGGCCGCGGCGAAGGGGCCGCACAAGCUGCAGCGGCAGUGGACCUUCUGGUACGACAUCCAGACCAAGCCCAAGCCCGGCGCCGCCUGGGGCAGCACGCUCAAGAAGGGCUACACCUUCGACACCGUCGAGGAGUUCUGGUGCUUGUAUGAUCAGAUUUUCAAGCCAAGUAAGUUGCAAGGAAGUGCUGAUUUUCAUUUGUUCAAGGCUGGGGUUGAACCCAAGUGGGAAGACCCAGAGUGCGCAAAUGGGGGAAAAUGGACUGUGAUAUCCAGCAGAAAGCCCAACCUUGAUACUAUGUGGCUUGAAACCUGCAUGGCUUUGAUUGGAGAGCAGUUUGAUGAAAGCCAGGAAAUUUGUGGAGUUGUUGCUAGUGUUCGCCAGAGACAGGAUAAGCUUUCAUUGUGGACUAAGACUGCAAGUAAUGAAGCUGUUCAGGUAGACAUUGGCAAGAAAUGGAAGGAUAUUGUUGACUACAAUGAUAAGAUGACCUACAGCUUCCAUGACGACUCCAGAAGUCAGAAACCAAGCAGGGGCGGACGAUACACCGUGUAAGGCUUCACAUGAUGAAGCUUGCAGCUCGGAGAAGUGGCAGAUGUUCGAACAGCCUUGACAGAUGUUGUUUGAGGCAAUUUUCCAAUCUAUUAUGUUGUUUUGCUCUCUGAUUGCUUGUGGUUAAGAGAAUACAAAGUUAUUGUAUGCACUCAAUUUUUCUCUCAGUACCCCUUGGUUUUGACAA